GGGAGAGGAGAGAGAGAGAGAGAGCUGGUCUCAGACUUGUCUUCUCCAUACAGUCAGAGUGAACUGCGGGGGCAGACGGAGUGGAUUGCGCCAGUCCUCGACAGCGGAAAGAGCCUCAACUAAGGUUUUAUAUCGAGCUGAAUCGACUCACGUUACAUUUUUGCCUACUUCUAUUUUGGAUUCGGCUAACGGAACUUUGCGCUUACUCUGGAGUUUGGAGAGCCCCCCACCACCACCCACCCCCCCUGCUCCCACCCUAGAUAUGGACAGUCGGCGACCCGCUGCAGGGAGCGACCGGCCGGUGUAGCCUGCACUCAGUGGUCGCUGGAAUAAAACUGUAAAUUCGCCGUUUGGGACUUUUACUGGAUGUUUCAUGAAGCGCUUCGCAAUUUUGGUCAGUUCUGGGACACCGUGGAUUGACCAGGUUCAGAAAGGGAAAGAUACUGGUGUUUUCCUGUCGACGACAAGAAGGAUUUACGCUUCUAAAGUUGCAGGAAAAACAUGGAGACUGUAAGUCGGCAGAGCUUCCAGCCUCAUCCGGGACUGCAACAAACUCUCAAGCAGUUUCACCUCAGCUCUAUGAGCUCUCUUGGCGGACCGGCGGCUUUCUCUGCCCGGUGGCAACAUGAGCUUCUCUUCAAGAAGGACGGCAAGGAGCCCGAACCGGUUCUGCAGCAUCUGCCGCCGCCGGUGAUGCCGGGCCCGCUGUUCAUCCCGUCGGACCGCUCCACGGAGCGGUGCGAGACGGUUCUGGAGGGCGAGACCAUCUCGUGCUUCGUGGUCGGCGGGGAGAAGCGACUGUGCCUGCCGCAGAUCCUCAACACGGUGCUGAGGGACUUCACCUUGCAGCAGAUCAACUCCGUGUGCGACGACCUGCACAUCUACUGCUCCCGGUGCACGGCGGACCAGCUGGAGAUCCUCAAAGUCAUGGGGAUCCUGCCCUUCUCGGCCCCGUCCUGCGGCCUCAUCACCAAGACGGACGCCGAGCGGCUCUGCAACGCCCUGAUCUACGGAGGCGCCUACCCGCCGCGCUGCAAGAAGGAGCUGGGUGGAGGCUCUCUGGAGCUGGAGCUCACCGAGAGGAGCUUCAAAGUAUACCACGAGUGUUUCGGCAAGUGCAAGGGCUUGUUGGUGCCGGAGCUGUACAGCAGCCCGAACGCAGCGUGCAUCCAGUGCAUGGACUGCAGACUCAUGUACCCGACGCACAAGUUCGUGGUGCACAGCCACAAGGCACAGGAGAACAGGACUUGCCACUGGGGCUUCGACUCGGCCAACUGGAGGGCGUACAUCCUCUUGGGCCAGGAUUACUCUGGGAAAGAGGAGAAGGCCCGUUUGGAGCAGCUCCUGGACGAGAUCAAGGAGAAAUUUGACUUCGCAAACAAGUACAAGAGGAAAGCUUCGUCCAGGGCGUCUGAUCCCAUCCCAAUCAAAAAGCCCAAACAUGAAGACUUCCCAUCGCAGUUCCUGCUGGCUGACAAGGAGAAGCAGCACGACUGGCUACAGUCCCUGGCCGCCUCCACUAAGGGGCUUAACGGCUUGCAGCCAAGGCAGAGGCCCUCAGCUUUCAGACCCUGGUCCCCCCACAUCUCGGCCGGGGAGAAGGAGCCCUCCAGUCACCCCCUGGCCCUGCUGAGAGACAGCUUCUACAACUACAAGAGCCUGGAGAAAGCUGUGGCCCCUAACGUCGCCCUCACACCACAGCCCCUGGGGAAUGCGGGUCCCAUGUCCCCGUCUGUACCCAGCACCUCCCAUCCAAGUGGGGGUGAACCCCCAGGCGAGGGCGCCAACUCCAACUCCAGCUCCAACUCCAGGCCUCACAAGAGGAGAGCCACAGGGGAGCUCCUGGCUCCAGCUCCAGAGGACCCCUGUCCUCCGUCCUCCGCUGUCAGCAAGCUACUGCCUCCGGCGCCACCACCCCCACCACCACCACCACCUCAGGACGACAAGGACUCCGAGGUGGAGAUCGAAGUGGAGAGCCGCGACGAAUUCACUUCGUCCCUGUCCUCCCUGUCGUCCCCAUCUUUCACCUCGUCCAGCAGCUCAGCCAAGGACUUGAGCUCGCCGGGCGCCAAGGGGCCCGUGUGCACGGUCACGUCGGCCGAGGCCCCUGCGGCCGCACCCGCCGCGGCCCCCGCGGCCCCUUCAGAGCUGGGCCUGGAGUCGGAGCUGGAGAGCCUGAGGCAGGCUCUGGACAGCGGACUGGACUCCAAAGAGUCAAAGGAGAAGUUUCUGCACGAGAUUGUUAAGAUGAGGGUGAAGCAGGAGGAGAAGUUGGGAUCAGCCCUGCAGGCCAAACGCAGCCUCCAGCAGGAGUUGGAGUUCUUGCGGGUGGCGAAGAAGGAGAAGCUGCGGGAGGCGACGGAGGCGAAGCGGAACCUCAGGAAGGAAAUCGAGCGCCUGCGAGCCGAGAGCGAGAAGAAAAUGAAGGAGGCCAACGAGUCGCGGGUGCGUCUGAAGCGCGAGCUGGAGCAGGCCCGGCAGCUCCGCGUGUGCGAUAAAGGCUGCGAGGCCGGUCGGCUCCGCGCCAAAUACUCGGCACAGAUCGAGGACCUCCAGAUGAAGCUGCAGCACGCCGAGGCCGACCGCGAGCAGCUCCGAGCCGACCUGCUGCAGGAACGGGAUGCCAGGGAGCACCUGGAGAGGGUGGUGAAGGAGCUACAGCAGCAACUCUGGCCCAAAUCCAGCAGUGACAAGGAGGGGACGCCCAGGGACACGCACGCUGACAACUGACAGAGCAGCCAACUUCACCACCCCACUUCAACCCCCCCCCCCCACACAUUGCCGCGAUAGAGACAGAGCCCAUCGCUUUCCGCUCUCCAUUGACAUGUAUUUGGGGGAAGUCGCCUCCUUGUCAGUUCCAUCUGCUAGCCAACACCAGAAGAACGCCUAAAAGCUGCAGUGUGGUGGGACGCACAACCAACAGUGUGUACACCCCAUAACCUUUUAUAUGCAUCGUAAAUCGGGUAAAAUCCAUUUAAAUGUGUAAAGAUUCCAACUGGUUGAGAUAAAAAAAAACAACAACAACACAUUACUACUAACAUCACACAGCAAGUAACGUUGGCCCACCGUUAGCUCGUAACAUUAGCUGGCUUAAACGCGGGUAAAAUGCUUAAAAAAGUGUGUCUGUACUUCACUGGAGAGGACUCCAACAGCGGGACGUGCAACAGUCCGCAGCUAAAGACACAGAGGGGACUACUGCCGCUGUUGGAUAAAUAACAGGGACGGGACUUAAGUAUUGCGUGUGAGUCACGCUCCGUAAGCUUGUGUUGCGUUUAAUGUCAAUGUAAAAUGCCCCUCUGUCAUGUAGUGUUUAUUUUAAAAAGGGGACACAUCUGCUGUUUCGCAGUUUUAUAUAAAUAAAGGGAUAUUUUUCAGUCAUUUCAUUCUGUUGACAACAACUGGGAGAACUUGAAAUUGUGUAUCGAAUCGUGAGUUAAGUAUAUAACGAUAUAAAUCCCUACUGUUGAACCUAAAAACAUUUACUUACCAAGUUAAAUAUUCAAAUGUCGGUUUAGGCGAACUAAAUGUUUACAGGUCGAGCAACACACGUAACGUCGGACAUAGCGUUAGCUUAGCGUCAGGAUCCCACAGUCUCCCCAUUGUCUCUGCUGAUUCCUCACGUCAGGAUCCACUUUUGUCUUCAAUAAAAUCAGUUUUUCGGGUCGGCAGCUUAUAAAACCUUAAGUUAUGAGUUCUUCACAUUGUUGGAAGUUAAUAGCAGCACACAGCAGCUUUUAGGGAGGUUUCAGUUUGUUUGCUAUCAGACGGAGUCGUGGAGGAGGAAACCUGUCUGCAAUACAAAUCAAUGGGGGGGGGGGGGGGGGGGGGGAUUUAAAUGUCUCUAUCCCCAAUGUCUUCUGCCCAAAUCAGACCAUAAACACACCCGGAUGUGUCGGAGCACCGCUGUCCAUCAGAAGACCCAGAAAAGACUCUCGCCCUCCGACCAGAGACGAAAGAAAGAGGAAGAAAAGCCGAGGGGGCAGCGUCGUUCGUAUGCAUGUCCAUGAAAAGUCAAGUGAGUGGUUUCCUUGGAAAAUGACUGGAAACAGCAAAGUACAAUACUUCAACAAGGAAACGGGUGUUUCUCUAAAUCAAGCACUGACUCGCACCUUCCAAACUCACAGAACUACAAAAAAAACAACAACAAACAAAAAACAGGGAUCCCAUGAAAUGAAAGACAAAAACCAGACGUCAAAGCACAAACUGUGGCCGUGUCUGGGUUUUCUCCCAUCAGGAAAACAAAUGGCGGACCCUCAAACCCCCCCCCCGUAAAAAGUAUCGUCCGCCCACCGUCCCUCGCCGUGACGAAGAUACAGGACUUUGAAGACAUUCUAAGCUAUUUAAGAGACUACAUAGCGAAGUGUUAGAGAGACGGUGUCUCUGGUUCCCUCUGUGCUGUCGAAGUUUUAAAAACGAAAAAAACAAAAAUCUAUGAAAAAAAGAUACUGAAGAUGAACAAAAACAAGCAAGUGAACUUUCCACAGUGCCACCGUGGUUUUGUCGGUUUUUCAGGAAGCCAUCGCAGUCCACCGAGGCGCGGGGGUGGGGUGGGGGGGGGUAAAACAUCCAGUUCAAAGUUCACGCGAGCCGUCUUUUCCUCCCAUUGUUCUUGAUGAAAUCAUUUCUUUCUAAUAGAUUGAUACGUUCUCUCUCUGUGGCUCAAACCCUGGAUUGGGAAUUAGAUUAAAAAAAAAACAAAAAAAAACAUGCUGGAUUUAAAAAGGCACCUUUUUAAGCGAGCACUUGUUUUUUUUUUUCAACAGUGUCAGCGUCACUCAGAGUCCCACUCGGGGUUGCCAAAUGUCAUUUGAAGCAUUUGGCUUCCAACCCUGAAGUCUGUGUCUUGUAAAGAUACAAAAACAACUACUACUCCAGAGCGUGGCCUUGUUUUCUGCUCUCGUAAAACACUCGGAGCGAUGAAAGCCGGCAUGUUUUUUUUUUUUUUUUUUUUUUUACUCCAUCAGAACCAUCGUCUAUGACAUGAUAGUGGGUCGGACUGGGCUCCUUUGGCAAAAAAAAAAAAAACCCACAAAAUGUUCAUUUUUAAUUAAAUUAAGGUAUGUAAAUAUAAAUAUAUGUUGGUUUUUUUGGUUGUUUUUCUCGACUUUACAAUAAUGAAUCGCACUUUGUCAUAACAAAAUACUGUUAUAAUGCAUUGUACUCCCACUAUUGUCUUCAAAUAUUACUUUGAGUUACUUCAUCGUAUACCCACGACUGCGACCAUAUAAACCCAGUAAGCAUUUUGUUUGAUUAUAUGCAUCUCGAAUAAAUACUGUUGUUCUGUUGUUUUCCUUAAGGCAAAGUCUUGUAAAUAAACGAAAAGAAAAAAAAAGCUCUCCCAGUCGCUCGCUGAGGCAUUCUGGGAUUGUUGGAUAUCGCUUUUUUUUUUGUUUGUAGUCCAAGCACUCUCCGUAUUUUUUUAUUCUCUUUUUUUUUUUUUUUUUUUUGUAAUAUAAAUGACACAAAUGUCGCUUGAGCAGCCGGUUACAACUCAUCAUCAUCAUCAUCAUCAGCAUGCGUCAGUAAGGUGAACAAAAAGCCACACGUUCAACGAAUAAAAUGAGAUUUUAUUCGAAAAAAAAAAUUAAAAAUAUAAAAAUAACAAUAAAAAGAGGCAGAAGCCCCGAAUCUGCCUUCACACAGUGGGUACAAUGCAAUCCGAAUGUACAUUGUGUUAAUGCUAUUUUUUUUGGGGUUGUUGACGUUGUUUUGAAUUGUUAUUGCUCGUCUGUUAUGUUCACUUUUUUUUCCCAAUCGAAAACUCAUACUUUCUUUAUGCAUGAAAUUUGAGUUUGCCAUACAUAUAGUCAGUUAUUGGGCAUUGAUACCGUACAUGUAAGAGUUCUUAUGGUGUUAUGCAAUAUGAAGCAAUUUGUCUUAUUUAGAAGAGGAAUUGGUAAACCACAACACACAGUAUAUUGUUCUUAAGAAGAAGAAAAAAAAACUUCACAUUUGCAAAAAAAAACACAACAACUAAACAACAGACAAAAAAAAAAAAAAAAAAAAAAGAGAAGAAGAAGAAAAUAAUGUCGAUGCAAUGCUGGACAACCUCAAGUGCCUGGACGUGGGCUCAAGGUUUCCAGAGUAGGAACAGGGAUGAUGAAGCUGCAGGGGCUCAUCAACUUCCUGUUUGCAGGUUUUUCAAAUUAAAAGCCCCCAUCUCUUGCUCAGCAGCUCUUUUUUUUUUUUUUUUUUAUCAGUAUUCUUAUAAAACAACAACAACCAGUUUACAAACUUUUUUUUUUUUUUUUGUGUAGCGAACAAUUGAGGCUUUUUCGCUGAAUGAGUGCUUUUAUUUUUCCUCCAUUUGAAAUCGAUGAUAUGCAUGUUCAAACAAUUUUUAUAGCAGAUCUCGCUUCGGUGAAUUGUCACUUCGGGGUGUAUAUAAAGACGGUUUUAUUCCCAGUUUGGCGAGGAUCAUAACGAGGGCAUUACGUCAAAAGCCCUUCUUCCUCACCUGACGUUAUCGAUGUUGCUCGGAGAACGACGCUGCGUCUGCGACCUUUGGCAGACCUAAAAAUUGGUACAUUUUGUAGUUGUUUUUACACUCGGACGAGUCGAUAGCCUACGCGUACUUUACUUUACUCCCGGUUUUCUACAAAAGGAACGAGAGGCGGUAACGACAUCGGCUCCUCGCUCUCCCGCGC